AUGAUCGCUUCAUCCUCGGAAUUCAAGACUGACCCCUUAUUCUUCCUCUGUUGUCAUAUUACUACUCCAGACGUCAUGGGCUCAACAGAACCGAAACGAUUCGAUGUCAAAAGGGUCGCAAUCAUUGGGGCUGGCCCCUCCGGUCUCGCUGCCGCCAAGUUCUUGAUCGCCCAAAAAGUCUUCGAAGACAUCGUCAUCUUUGAACGGCAAGAUGAAGUGGGAGGGGCCUGGUACUACAGCAAGGAACCGACACACACCUUACAUGUGCCUCAAGUGAGCGCCUACUGCCCUCCCGACCCUCCUCUUCAUCCCGAAGGCAAGCCUCCAGUCUUCCCUUCGCCCAUGUACGAGGUCUUGCACACCAACAUCCCGCGCCAUCUGAUGCAGUUUUCGGACAAACCGUUCCCGGAAGACUCGCUCAUAUUCCCGUCCCGUGAGCUUGUGCAAGAGUAUGUGGUGGACUAUGCCAAAGACAUCCGGCAUCUUAUCAGGUUCUCAACUCUGGUUCAAGAUGUCCGUCUCAGGCAGGACAGUGACGGCCGGGAUCAGUGGGAUGUGGAUGCGCUCACUUUGGAAACGGGCGAGGUUACCACCGCGACCUAUGAUGCCGUCGUCGUGGCUUCGGGUCAUUAUUAUACCACAUUUAUCCCCGAUAUCAAGAACAUCGCCGAGUUUCAUAAGGCACAUCCGAAUGUCAUCACUCACUCCAAGCUGUACCGGACUCCCGAGCCCUUUGCAAACAAGAAGGUGAUUGUUGUUGGCAACUCAGCAUCAGGCAUUGACGUCGCGGCUCAGAUCAGCCGCGUUAGCAAGCAGCCACUGCUUAUGUCGGUUCAUUCCGCUACACCACCGGCUCACUUGGAAUGGAUUGGCGGAGAAGAGGUCCCGGUCAUUGAAGAGUUUUUGGUGGAGGAACGGGGUGUGAGGCUCGAGGGUGGACGGGUCGAAAAGGAUAUCGAUGCUAUCGUUUGCGCAACCGGCUACCUCUUCACCUUCCCUUUCCUCAAAUCGCUACAGCCCCCGUUGGUAAACGACGGGCGACGCGUGUAUGGUCUGUACAGAGACCUGAUUCACAUUGAUCACCCAACACUAGUAUUUCCUGGGCUUCCCAUCAAGGUCGUCCCCUUCCCCUUUACAGAAAGUCAGGCGGCGAUUUUCUCCAGGGCAUGGGCGAAUUUGCUACCGCUUCCUUCAGUCGAAGAAAUGAAGAAGUGGGAAGAUGAAGAAGCAGAGAAAAGGGGCCAUGCUUUCCACGUUUGGCCCAAACUUGGCGAUGCCAACUUUAUCAACGAGGUCCAUGACUGGAUCCUAAAGUCAGGCACAGAAGGGAAGGAGCCUCCUUAUUGGAAUGAUGAGCUGGUGUGGCAAAGAGGAAUCUUCUUCAAGGCGAAGCUGCAAUUUGAGAUUGAUGGCCAGAAAGCCAAGUCUCUCGAAGAGCUCGGUUUCAAGUAUGAGCCUGAAGAGAAAGAGUCCGAGAAGAAGACGACGACGCCAACAGAGACUCUGCUGUGA